UUAUGAAGUUGAAGUUCAUAAUUUCUUUUUUUUCAAGAACUUUUGAGUUGCCUGAUUUGUAGCAACUUUGCGUCUCUCCUGCCGUUGCCGGUGCCUGAAACCGGACAUAUUGGAUCUGUGAAAGUGAAAGUCGCAAUUUUGUUGUCAUAGUUGGAUUGAGGAUCUGAUGUGCCAUCAAAGUUCUUGCACUCAUUUAUCUGCAGAAGAGGCGAUUUCCGCUGAGGAGAGGCUCUUACUAUAUUGCAAGCCUGUUGAAUUAUAUAAUAUCCUUCAUCGCCGCGCCCAACACAAUCCUUUGUUUCUUCAAAGAUGUUUGCAUUAUAACAUACAAGAAAGGCGCAACAGGGAGUUGAGGCCUGGAAUUGUAAUUUUCAACUAUCGGGAUUAUAGCAAUAUGCUACAAAAGGUUGAAGUAACUGAAGACUUCUCGUGUCCAUUUUGUUUGAUACAAAGUUCAAGCUUUAAGGGUCUGAGAUAUCAUUUGUGUUCUUCACAUGACUUAUUCAACUUUGAAUUCUGGUUAAAAGAAGAGUACCAAGCUGUGAAUGUUUCUGUGAAACUUGAAUCCUUGAGAUCUGAGAUUGCCAUGGCUCAAUCUUCUGUUGACCGUGAGUAUGUAAAAGCACCAUGUGCAAGUGAUCCAGCACUUCCUGCCACAAAAAUGAGGAAGUUAUCUAUAGAACGUUCUGAAUCUAAAAGCCGCAUGCUUCUGCAGAAACGCCAGUUCUAUCAUUCCCACAGAGUUCAGCCAAUGGCGUUGGAGCAAGUAAUAUCAGAUCGGGACAGUGAAGAUGAAGUUGAUGAUGACAUUGCAGAUCUUGAAGAUCGCAGGAUGCUUGAUGAUUUUGUGGAUGUUAGCAAAGACGAAAAACAGCUUAUGCAUCUCUGGAAUUCAUUUGUAAGAAAGCAAAGGGUUCUGGCAGAUGGACAUGUUCCAUGGGCAUGCGAGGCAUUUUCGAAACUUCAUGGAAAGGAGUUGGUUCUAUCUCCUGCUCUCUUUUGGUGUUGGAGACUGUUUAUGAUCAAACUUUGGAAUCAUGGGCUUCUCGAUGCUGGCACAAUUGACAACUGUAAUACAAUUCUUGAAAGGGUCAGAUGCGAAGGAAGAGAAGCUGCCAAAGGUUAUAGGUGACAAUAUAUACUUGGUUUCCAAGAGCAAGCAUUGAUAAAUUGUGCAUGUAUUUGAUUGAUUAUAUCGUAUUUUCUAUUUCAUUUUUUUAAGCAUAUUCUUGUUGCCCGGAUCGAAUGGAGCUAACAUUUUUCUUAUUAUUGUAAUCUCAAAGAAAAGAUCAUUCUCGUGGUGUAGUCUCAUUCAAUUAAGGCAUUCCUCUAUCUAAAUUCUAAA